UGUGGACAUCUGAGCGCCUUCUCUCGCUCCGCCCAGACUUUCCUAAGAGAACAGGUUGGCACAGAAGAGAAUUCAGUUAUCCAUAACACCUCGUAAGACUUCUGUCUCCGCAAAACUGAAAUAAAGAUGCGCGCGUAUCUGGCACUGCUGGUUACGCUUACCUUACCUGGAUAUCUGGAUGCGCUUCAUGGAUUAUACGCCUUUGAUCAGCCAGAGCUCUUUCAGAAAAAGAGCAACUGCAAACCCAUACCUGCAAACCUGCUCCUGUGCCAUGACAUCGAGUACACGGACAUGCGUCUGCCUAACCUCCUCGGACACGAAACCAUGAACGAGGUUCUGCAGCAGGCAUCUUCCUGGACCCCUCUGGUGCAGAAACAGUGCCAUCCGGACACCAAGAAGUUUCUCUGCUCUCUGUUCGCUCCGGUGUGUCUGGAUGAUCUGGACGAGACGAUUCAGCCGUGCAGGUCACUGUGUGAGAACGUGAAGAGCGGCUGCGCUCCAGUGAUGGCCGCUUUUGGGUUUCCUUGGCCGGACAUGCUGGACUGCGAUCGCUUCCCUCUGGAUAAUGACCUGUGCAUACCACCCGCUGGUGCAGAUGCCUUAGUGCCAGUUACCAAGGAAGUUCCAAAGGUGUGUGAUGCCUGCAAAGAAAAGCCUGAGAAUGACAAUGAAAUUGUGGACAGCCUGUGCAAAAAUGACUUCGCUUUAAAGAUCAAAGUCAAGGAGAUCUCCUACAUGAAUGGCGACACAAAGAUCAUUCCAGAAACCAAGAGCAAGACUAUCUACAAGCUAAAUGGUGGCGUCACUGAGCGUGACCUCAAGAAGACAGUGCUUUGGCUGAAAGAUGGUCUUCAGUGUGUGUGCGACGAAAUGAAUGACAUCAACGCUGCUUAUCUGGUGAUGGGCCAGAAGAUGGAUGGACAUUUAGUCAUCACAUCACUGAAGCGCUGGCAGAAGGGUCAGCGGGAGUUUAAGAGAAUUUCCCGCAGUAUUCGCAAACUUCAGUGCUAGGAUUGUCCCCUGAUCAGAGCACUCAAAGGAUCUUGAAAAUGAAGACCUGUUAGAGUCACGCCAUAGAUAGAUGCAAAAGUUCAUUCAAAACCCUAAUGUCUGCUUUCCCAGUGCCAUUUUGAGAACUGGCCAUUCAGAUCUCAGGAUUGAGGGUGGUGGAGCUGUCAGAUGUAACAGUCAAAAAGUAGCAUAGAUUCAGCUCAGUUCCAACUUUUCAUUUCUACUCAUGGCUUUUGUUCAUUUACUUUACCUGUAAUAUUUACCAUCCACAAUUUCCAGAGAGAUGUUUUAUAUCUUUAGUCUCAAUUUUCAAUGUUAUUAUUUUUAAAUUGGCUGAGAUGAAUGAGAUGCUGCAUUAUAUGGGCAAAAGUAUGGAAACCACCUUCUAAUUAACGAGUUUGGCUAUUCCAUUAAUUCCAGUGAAAACAAACUUUACAGUGAUAGUUCACCCAAAAACCCCCAUGUCGUUCCAAAUCCAUGUUCAUUUUUUGUGACUUUUGUUCAUCUUCGAACCACAAAUGAAGAUAUUUGUUCAUGAAACCUGAGAUAUUGCUGUCCUCCAUUGAAAGUCUAUUCAACCAAAAUGUUGAUGCUUUAAAAAAAUUGUAAAAGACAUUGUAAGGUAGUCCAUAUGAAUCGAGUGGCAUAAUCCAAGUCGUCUGAAGAGGCAUGCUCGCUUUAAACGAUGAACAGAUUUAAUUUGGUCUUUUAUUCACAUAUAAAAGUU